AUGUCUUUGAAAAUUUUCCUGCUAAUAAUUGUUCUAGCAUUUAUGACAAGGGAUGUACACGGGUGUUCAUGUAUUGGCAACCCACACCCUCAAGAUCAAUUCUGCUCAGCAGCGUACGUAUUAUAUGGCAAAAUUAUCAAGGAACAGUUUAUACCAGGCCCUCCUGGCGAUACUGCAAAUAACGACGCGAUCUGGAAAUAUACUUUCAGCAUUCUUUUUAAAAUGAAGGGAGUAACAGAAAGAGUUGGUUCUGAGGUAGUAAUUGAGACUGCAGGAAAUGGUGGGCUUUGUGGAGUACGCUUGCCGGUCGGAAAGUCAUAUAUUAUAAUGGGAAGAGGUAACAGUGGAGAUAGAAGAAUAGGAUUAUGUGAUUUUAUUAGGGAACUCAGUAGUCUGUCACCAUACCAAACGUUUUACCUGUUUACUGGAGGUCCUUAUUCGUACAAUUUUAACUGUAAAAGAAGAUGCACCUGCUAA